AUGUCUUCUGAUAGCAUACCGGCCGUCGUCGACAAGGAUGUACGCCCGAGGCCGCAUGCUCCACCCAAGUGGAAAAUCCCGUACAGCCGCGUCUCGUGGUCGUAUCUCAGGAGGAAGGGCGAGCGCGACCGAAUCCCGGCAGCCACACCGAUCCACCCACGGCCACCGCAUUAUCAUGAUUUACUUUUGCGCACCAGAUGGAGGCCUGUCGUGGAGGAACCGCGCUCUCCAGACGAGCAGGAUUUGAAUCCGACGUUGGUGGGAGUCAGAGUUGCAGAGGACGCAAUCAGCACUUAUGAAGCGGACGUCGGCAUGUCUCCUGACAAGAGCGAGGUGCGCGUCGAUGUAGAAGUGCCCAAACUUUUCGACGGUGAGCUGGAGGAGCCCAAGCUCGCGAUGCUGCAGAAGAUAUGGGACGAUCAGGUGCGGAUGCUCCUGGGCGGCGUGCUCGAGCUCCAGCCGUCGCUGUCGCUUUGGGAUGGGCUGCCAGACAAGAACCUGUGGGAUCUGAACGCCAUCGAUAGUCCAAGCGUGUUGUCCAGUGUUCCUCGCACUUCACCUGACCUGUUGGACCCCACGGAUUCAGAGCUUUCUGUCGAUUCCGAUCCACUCCCGUCGACACCUAAAGCGACAAAGAAGUCGUAUGCCCAUGCAGUUUUCAGCGACGGCCGUGAGUCCUCGUCUCCCGACAAAGAUCAGGUCUUUUCUCCCCUGCCAUCGAAGCCACUGGAUGCGUCCGCUCUUUCAUUCAUCCCCCUACUCUCAACGUCGGUUAACUCCUUCCCCCUUCAUUACCCAUAUUCAUCACCCUCACCUUCGCGCUCUCCACACUAUUCCUCCCCGUCAUAUGAAUUUGAGUUCCCAUCACUGAAUUCCAAAUCAGCCCCUCGGUCUGGGUCUCGUUCGCUCCCGCCGACGCUUCAGAAGGACGAGAAUGGAUUCUACAAUCAGGUAGACAUGUUUGCAUCUGCCACGUUGCAGGGACACGCGUCCCGAAUGACUACCCGACGACCAUCUGCCGCCUUCCUCCCCGCCUUUCUAUCCGAAGGCUCUAGCCCUCAGCGUGCACGCCAUUCGUCGAAGACACGCGAGCUCGUGGACCGUCUUCGUUCGUCAAACUCACGAGAGAGACCGAGCAAGGGCAGAAGGAUGGAUUGCAGCCACCGGAGUUCCCUACCUACCGUGAAGGAUGCAGUGGAGUCUUCAGAGGACGGGUCGGAGCAAGAUAACUCCGAGGCCACCACCUCCAGGGCUGAUGUACUAUCCGACACUGAUGGAUGGAUUACUAGCAUCGUACAAGAAGACGGCAGGCUCGAGUCCACUAUGUCGGAGGAUGGGUGGAUAUCAGGCCUGUCUGGUGUUACAGCGACCUCUUCCGCCCACGCGAGGCCUGCGAGCAGUGCGAGCCAGUCAACAUCUUCAUCCACCUUAGGUGGCCCUUUCUCACCCGCCGCCUCCUUAGACAACUUCAAUGUGCCCUGUAGCCCGACCGCGUCACAGGCGUCCACGUUUUACCCUUCGCAGGUCCCGUACGCGCCCUUCGCUCCCACACUCUCCCCGACCAACCCUGCCAUGGCGGCGUACAUGCAGAUGACGAUGCACAUGCAGGCGCAGCAGCAGUGGCAGAUGCGGAUACCGGUGGCGCCUCCGAACGUAGGGUUCUCCCCAGCACUCGGCGUCUUUCCUCCUUACGCCCCUUAUGCCGUCCCGCCGACGGCUCUCCCGCCGUACCCACUGCAACCGGUGCCCGCGCUUUACGAGGCCCACGCCAAGGGUGCGAGCAUGCAUGCUCAUUGGUGA